AUGUGGCUGCUGGCUGUUGGAGCCUCCGCUCUCUUCACAGCACCCCGCGUACGCGUCCUCUCCCCGCCGCCCGUGCACGCGGCACUGCGGUCGACGCAUCCCACCGCACUUGCCCUGCCUCCGACCACGCUGCUCCCGGCGGGGCUGCUGCCAGCCGGGCUGCUGCCCGAGGCGGUGGCGCUCAACACCGUGCUCUUCGGCGCGUUCGGCGCCAGCGGCGCAUCCGAGCGCAUGCUAACGCCGUCGGGCUUUGCCCACGCCUGGGCGCUCGGCGUCAUCCUCUGGUCCACACUCGGCUGGCGCGGCUUCGUGGCGGGCGUGGCCUAUCUGCUGUGUGGCUCCGCGGUGACAAAGGUGGGCCGCGCGAAGAAGGAGGCGCUCGGCAUCUCCGAGGGCCGCGGCGGCCGGCGCGGCCCCGAAAACGUGUGGGGAUCGGCGGCGACCGCCGCCCUUUGCGCGCUCGCGUACCGGCGGGCGGUGCUCGGCCGGGCCGCGGUAGCGCUGUCGCCGCCGGCGCUGCUUGUUGGCGUGGUGGCGUCGCUCGCGACCAAGCUGGGCGAUACCUUCGCCUCCGAGAUAGGCAAGGCCUAUGGCCGCACCACCUACCUCAGCACCACCUUCCGGCGCGUGCCCCCGGGCACCGAGGGGGCUGUCUCACUGGAGGGGACCCUCGCGGGCGUCGGUGGCUCGCUCAUACUAGCCGGCUACGGGGUGGGGAGCGGCCUGAUGCCGCCGGCGGCGGCGCUGCCGACGGUACUUGCCGCGUGGAUCGCAAACAACGUCGAGUCGAUCAUCGGCGCGACGGCGCAGGGCAAACAGGGCCUCGGCUGGCUCACCAACGAGGUGGUCAACUUCAUCAACACGCUCGUGGGCGCCGCAGCCGCCAUCGGGCUGUGCCUCCUCACCGGGGCUGUCUGA